AUGGAAGCGUCUACCUUCGCCGCUGUCGCGUCCCUCCUGGUUCUGCUCAGCUGUUCUCCAGCAGCCUCGUACGUGAACCCGUGGCCGACGUGCGACCUGCAGUACAACUGGUACUCGUGCCGCAGCCACCCGGGCGGCGCCGUCAUCUGCGACCUGAACGUGAAGCGCGACACUGACGAACCGCUGGCAGUGCGCUCCACGCACCACCACAGCUACAGCAACACCUCCCUCCCUGCUGGACUGGAUGACUUUGGUUUCCUCUACAGCUGCGUUAUCUACGAAGGAGUCAUCAAGCUGUCGGUGAGGCUUUGCUCUACGGAUGGAAGUUUUCGUGCUGGUGUCCUCGCCAACAGCAUGCUGGAACCCCCGUGCAGGAAGAACUGGUACAAGUGCGAUCAUGAGGGUGACAGGACUGUGUGUCGUGUGAAGCUUUGCCCCUGGACCAACUCACCACUGGUGCCCAAGUCGGGAGAAGUUUCUGAAUGGUACGAGUGCACGAGAAAAGGAGCCCAGACCGACUGUUACAUAAGCAACGUAAGCGCGGGGAAGCACUACUACUCGGAGGUGGACGACCUGGCGUCUCCCGCCGUGUUCGGCCCGGAGUUGGUGGAGACGCCGGAGCGCCUGCAGAAGGCUGUAGCCCUGCCGGUCCCGGUGUCGCCCUCGCCGUCGGCUCCGCUGCACACCUACCGCCCACUGCCGCACACCGUCGCACUGGGCCGCAGGCGUACCAACUAUCGACGCGCCUUCCGCAAGCUCAACGCAGAGUACUACCACGUCUAG